UUUUUUGUUUUACUUCAAAACAUUUACAAAAAACAUUGGUUCGUGGUGUUGUCAAACACACCAGACGAAAAUAAUAAUAAUUUUUUUUAUUGUAAUUGAAGCGCGCGGUUGGUUUCGUGUUAAAAUGAGUGCAAAACAAUUGUGAAAUUCCUAACAAAAACUCCCAGUAUAAAGAGAAACAAAUCAAAUAGUAUCGAUUUUAGUCGUCAAAGAGGUCCGACCGACUCUUGACAACGAAGAGCGGUUGUAAAGGUUAAUUGCUGACAGCACAUUCCCACCACUCUAUCGUUGAAAAAUGCUGUAUUGUCCGCCAAAUGUUACCCUAUCCCAGGUGUGGAUCGACCAUGGCAUAUCCCAUUGUUUUAUGGACACUGUCGGUUGGUCGGUGUGCGGUGGUUUUAUGAUUCUUUUCGGUCUGAUACAACUGCUGAUGUAUCGUAAAUAUGCCACGCGUAUCACCGAUCCCACAUUAAUAUCCAAAUCACGAUUAUAUGGCUUGCAAUUGUUUUUGUUGGCCUUCUUUCCGGGAUUGCAAUUGGUGCGAUUUUUAUUGAAUGCUCGCAUCUAUGAAGGAAGUGCAGUUUAUGGUUAUAUGAUACUCGCCACUUGUCUAAUAUGUGUGGCCUAUCCCUUGUCCAUGUGUUUGGUGGUUAAGGAAAGACUUUAUCAGUUGCCUUCGGUACCCACCAGAGGUCAUGGUCUGGUCCUAUUACUCUUUUGGACCUUGGCCUUUAUCAAUGAAUCACUGGCCUUUAUUAAUUUACGCAAUGAAGAUUGGUGGUUUAAUCUUAAAACGAACAAAGAUAAAAUUGAAAUGGGUUUGUUUGUGACCCGCUAUAUUUGUUCUUUGCUUAUCUUUGUAUUGGGUUUGAAGGCACCGGGCAUAACAUUUCCCUAUAAUGCCCAUCAGCGUUUAGACGAAGAAUCGACACAAUCUGAAGCCGGUAAUCUCAAUAGGGGUUCUGCAUUUAAAAAUGCCUUUAAGAAGUUACGAAAACUCUUUCCCUAUUUAUGGCCUAAAAAGGAUAUUGUCUUGCAAAUUACUGUUUUGAUAUGUAUUGCCUUGUUGUCCGCUGGUCGUGUUAUUAAAUUAUAUUUGCCGAUUUAUCGCAAAAAAUUGGUUGACAGUUUGACCAUUGAACCGAUUGUUUUCCGUUGGGAUUUCGUUCUUAUCUAUGUGGCAUUGUCAUUUCUCCAGGGCGGUGGCACCGGCACAAUGGGCCUGUUCAACAAUUUACGUUCAUUCUUGUGGAUUCGUGUACAGCAGUAUACGACUCGUGAAAUUGAAGUGGAUCUUUUCCAUCAUCUACAUCGUCUCUCGUUGCGUUGGCAUUUACAACGUAAAACUGGCGAAGUUUUGCGUGUAAUGGAUCGUGGCACAGACUCAAUUAAUAAUUUACUCAACUACAUUAUCUUUUCGAUUACCCCGACAAUUGUUGAUUUAAUUGUUGCCGUGGUGUAUUUUAUAUAUGCCUUCAAUUGGUGGUUUGGCCUGAUUGUUUUUCUCACCAUGUUCUUGUAUAUAUUGGCCACCAUCUUGGUUACCGAAUGGCGUACCCAAUUCCAGAGACGUAUGAACCAAGCAGACAAUGAGCAGAGGGCUCGUAGUGUAGAUUCUUUGCUUAAUUUUGAGACAGUUAAAUACUAUGGAGCUGAACAGUAUGAAGUGAAUGCCUAUCGACAAGCCAUUGAGAAAUAUCAGAAAGAAGAAUUCCUCUCCCUGCUGACGCUGAACAUUCUCAACACAUCACAAAAUAUUAUCCUAUGCUUGGGUCUGCUAUGCGGCUCUAUGCUCUGUGUCUAUUUGGUGGUACAUCAUCAAACCCUAACUGUGGGUGAUUUUGUACUCUUCUUUACGUACUUAAUGGAUUUGUAUAUGCCCCUGAAUUGGUUCGGAACCUAUUAUCGAGCAAUUCAAAAGAAUUUUGUUGAUAUGGAAAAUAUGUUUGAACUGCUCAAGGAGGAGGAAGAAGUGGUAGAUGCCCCCGGAAGUUCCCCAUUGCUGACGGCAGGUGGUGCCAUUGAAUUCUCCAAUGUUAGUUUUGGUUAUAGCCCAGAGAAAAUUGUCUUACGCAAUGUCAGCUUUAGUGUACCGCCUGGUAAAACCGUUGCCAUUGUGGGUCCCUCGGGUGCGGGUAAAAGUACAAUUGUACGCCUGCUUUUCCGUUUCUAUGAUGUACAAUCGGGUUCCAUUCUCAUCGAUGGACAAAAUAUUAAAUUGGUUACCCAGCAAAGUUUGCGCCAGGCCAUUGGUGUGGUGCCUCAAGAUACGGUGUUGUUCAACAAUUCCAUUUACUAUAACAUUGAGUAUGGCAAAAUUGGCUCCUCACCCGAUGAGGUGUAUGAGGCGGCACGCAUGGCUGAUAUUCAUGAUCGUAUUUUGGGUUUCCCCGAUCGUUAUGAGACCAAGGUGGGUGAACGUGGUCUACGCUUGAGUGGUGGUGAAAAGCAACGUGUUGCCAUUGCCCGUACCCUGUUGAAGGCCCCGGUCCUAGUGCUACUCGAUGAGGCUACCUCGGCUUUGGAUACAAAUACCGAAAGAAAUAUCCAAGCGGCCCUACACAAAGUAUGCUCCAAUCGAACAACUGUCAUAAUUGCCCAUAGACUAUCCACAAUUAUACAUGCCGAUGAGAUUUUGGUACUCAAAGAUGGUGUAAUUGCCGAAAGAGGUCGCCACGAGGAUUUGCUGUUGCGUGACGAUGGCCUCUAUGCCGAAAUGUGGCAACAACAAUUGAAAAAUCUAGAUGCCCCCUCAACAACAUCGGAAAUUUCCGAUGGCAAUACAACAACUGACAAACCUCCGGCGGCAGGAAAUGCUGCAGGUGGUCCUGCUCCUUCCGGAAGUGCCUAUCUAAGGGCUGGCCAUGCUCAUGGUGGUGGUGGUGGUGCCUAAACGAAACAAAAUACACAUAUAUACCAUUUAAGACUUACCUCUAAGAUUCCUAUUAUGUUGUACAUCACUUUUUAAUUUGUUUCUUUCACUUGCCCAAGAAAUGGUUUCAAAAUCUAUUUCUCGAACCUUUUUUUAACGUAAAAAGAAAAUGUUAGGAAAAAAAAACGCGUAUUGUGGCUAUUGGUUUAUAAAAUUGUUUUAAUGUAUAGUCUAUUUGUUGUAAUCUUAAUUUUAAAACUUAUAUUAAUCAUCGAGCGAGCGUAUAUAAAAGCUAUAUAUAUCUUAAAAAAACAUGUCUGUAUGUUGAAACAAAAUUGUAGUCUAAUUUAAUAUCGAAAACAAUUCUAUGUAAAAACAAUAAUUGUAUAACAAAAACUAGCAUUAGUUUUUGCAUAAAAUAAAUAAAAAUAAAAAAGAUACUUUGUAGCAAAUAAACAAAAAAAAAACCGGAAGAGGGUUGAGUUUUA